ACCUUCUACAAUUUCAUGGUUAUAAACAGGUUUAAAAAUGUUAUGUCGAAUUAAUGGCUACUUUUUAAAGAAUUUAACACAAAAAUAUACGAGAAAGCGUAUGUGUGGUUUGGUGCAAAUGUUGAUCAGAUAAAGAACAUAUAUAUAAUUACAUUUAUACCAUAGUUUCGAAAGCAAUUAGAAUGAACAAUAAAGCCUGGACACGAAUUUGCGAAAUGAAUUAAAUCAACCAGGUGAUGGCUCACAAAAUCUAAAUUGAAAGAAAAGCCACCAAAGAGUAGGAGAACUUCUUGAAGAAAGAAGUGUGAAUUUACAUCUUGUUUUUUAUUGAAAAGGUUAUAAUUAAAAAAUCAAAAAAAUCUGAACUUUGUUUGUUUACAUUUUAAACGUUGCUUUUUUCUUGUUAAUAUGUUUGGAUUGAGGAGAACAGAAAAGUUUAUUAAUUUUGCGCGACUUGCUCAACAGCAAAAUCAACGUAAUGAAAACGACGAUGAAGCGGUGUUACUAGAUGAAUGCGCUGCAUUCGAUAACGAAGUGUCGUUAAAUGACGAAACAACGACGGAGCAAGAAAACGAAAACACUGGUAACGGUAAUAGAAUUAUGAAAACACCUUCGCAUCAGAAUGUAUUUUUGUCAAAUGGCUUACCACGUGCUAAAUUUGUAGCAGCUUGGAAGAAACCACAACAAAAUAUAGAGAAAGAAAAAGAAGAAGAAAAAGAGAACAAACACGGUGUUGCAAAAAUGGCGAAAGUCGUAACAACAGCAAGUAAUGUUGAUAAAGCUUCAAAAUCGUUACUUUCCUCAACAAUUCGUCGUAGACUUAAAGAUCGCAUGCGUAAAAUUGCCGAAGAGCGCUUAACCGUUAAACAAAUAUUUCGCCGGUAUGUCGAUACGUCUACCCUACAUGGCUUUCGCUACACAUGUUCGGAUACGUAUCUUAUACGCCGCUUCAUUUGGGCUGUUCUUAUGGUACUUGGUACAGUAUACUUCAUCGUGAAGCUAAAAGAAGGAAUUAUAGAAUACAUGUCUUAUCCAUUUAGCACUCUUUCGACACUGGAGUACGUGACAGAUUUAACAUUCCCGGCUAUAAGUUUUUGCACAGUAAACCAAUUUAAAAAAAGUAAAAUUCUUGAUAGUCCCCUCAAAACAUUGUAUAAAAACAAAAGAUUACCGAUAUACACAAACUGGAGUGAUCCAGGCUAUGACAUACCAGGUGAUGAAUUCGUGAAAGAACUUAAGAGAACAUCUUUUUCAAUUCGGGAUAUUUUCAAGGAAUGCGAUUACAUCCGACGAAAAACCGAUCAUCCGCACCUGCCUCCUAACAACUGCAGUCAUCAAAACUUCACCUCCUACUUCUCGGAAACAGGCCAGCUGUGUUUUACUUUAAAUUCUGGAAAGGUUGGUCAUCGACUGUUAAGUGUAGAUCACGAAGGAUUAAAGUUCGGUUUCGAGGCCAUGUUUGAUCUCCAAAACGACGAUGCUGUACACACCUUUGGGUACAGCGGAUUGCAAGCAAUUGUACACGAUCAAAAUGAAUUACCAACAUCGAACUUUGGAUUGAUGCUUACUUCGGGCUUCAAAACCUAUGUUAGCAUGCAAAGAGUAGAGACAAAGAAUCUUCCUCCGCCCUAUGAUACUCACUGCGGGGAAAAGAAGUUAAAGUAUUUCGAUAUUUACUCCCAGAAAGCUUGCUUGCUAGAAUCACUAACAGAUUAUGUUGGUGAGCAAUGCGGUUGCAGAGAACCUUUUAUGCCAGAUAACAGAUUGCCGUAUUGUUCGCUUCGUGAGACCAUAUUGUGCGCACUGGAAGCUAAAGAAUCUUUCAAUGAUUACGAAAUGCGUCUAGAGUGUCCGAUAGAUUGCGAGAUAACCUCUUACACCACUCGACUUUCUGAUGCAAGAUUCGUUCACAAUCCACCAAAAGGCAUCGAUCCAAUACUGCUUGAAAAAGAAUUUGGUAAAAGGAACCUGUCUUCUCAUCUGCUAAACUUAAGCAACAGGAUGAAUCAGAAAGAACUGGAUGCGUACAUUGAGAGGAAUAUCAUUGUUGUUAUAUUUUUCUUUGGUGAAAUGAGUAAAGUUGUAAACGAACAAGAAGCCUCUUUCGACUUUUAUCAAUUUUUAGGUGAUAUGGGAGGUGAAAUUGGUUUGAUGCUUGGCGCUAGCUUGCUGACCUUUGUUGAAUUUGUUGACGUAUUUGCGUUUCUUGGUUAUCAUCAAAUCUUGCGCUUCCACAAGCGCAAGAAGGAAGUGAAGGAGUCAAGAAAACUGAGCUUGAUGACCACUCAAGUUGACGAAACAACUCCUGUUUGAAAGCUUGUCUCUAUAAAAAUAGCCCUCGUCUGUCUCUGCGCAGGAUGUUAACCGCAGUAGCGAGACACACGAAAUGCGGUAUUUAAAAGUAAAGGCGAACCCGUGAAUUUAAUUUCCCUUUUUUGCACAUACUUUCGCGUCUUCGCGCAAAAAUGCUUGCCAGUGCGCGAAUUUUAGUGUAGAAAUUACGCGCGCAAAUUGAUAUUUUUCCAGAAAUAAAACUGAUUGCAGAAAGGCGUUUUAAAUGAACCCAUAUUUUGUUAAAAAAGCUUGUGCGAAAAUGAAUACGCGCGAAAAUUAGUACGAUUGAAGUAGAUAUUGUAUGAGUCUUGUAUGUAAUUUUAUAGACAGUGAUGAGGCUGUCCAUAUAUUUCAUUAAGCAUUUAGCUGUCAAAUUAAAAUUGUCAUAUGAAAGUAUAGCAAGAAAAUUCAUCGACAGCUAUUUAGCUAAGUAAUAACGAAAAAUAUAUUUUUUAGAACAAUAUAUUUCCGGAAUAAAAAAAAUUAUAAAAUUCGUGUAAACAGUAAAAUAUUUCAAAUAUAUAUUACUGGUCUAAGAUAACUCUACAAA